AUGCUUAAAAAUAUUAUAGGUUUUAGAAAUAUUUAUUUUUUAUCAAAUAAAAACAAUAACUUUUAUAAUAAUAAUAAAGUUUGUUUUAGUAGUAAGAUAUAUACUAAAACUGGGGACAAGGGUACAUCAGCAUUAUUUAAUGGUGAAAGAAGAUCGAAGUGCAACCCAAUAUUCAAUGUUUUAGGCUCAGUUGAUGAACUAUCAAGUCAUUUAGGUGUUGCAAAAGAACAAUUAGUAUGUUUAAAAACUGAAAUUCAAUCAGUCGAUAAAGAUAGAACCAAUACCAUUCAUAAAGUAAUUGAAGAAAUAGAAAGCAUUCAAUGUUUAUUAUUAGAUGUAGGAUCCAAUGUAGCAACACCUGCAACGACAUCAUCUGAGCAACAUUUAAUGAGAGCAAAGUUCUCAGACGACCAUACAACCCAAUUAGAAAAUUGGAUUGAUGAACAUACUCUUCAUUUACAACCAUUAAAAAAUUUUAUUUUACCUGGUGGUGGUCUAAGUGCUUCUCAACUUCAAGUUUGUAGAUCGGUUUGUAGACGUUCAGAACGUGAAUUGGUAUUAAUGCGUGAACAACUUGGUGAAGAUUCAGUUAAUCCAUCCGUUAUGCAUUUCUUAAAUCGUUUAUCAGAUUAUUUAUUUACAGUUGCAAGAUUAUCAACACAUAUUCAAAAAGUUGAAGAAUCAGUUUAUAAAAGAAUUACAACACCAAAUGAAAAUAAUAAUAAUAAUAAUAGUAAUAAUAUUAACACCGAUAAAUUCCAACGACAUUUAGAGAAACAUCCAACAAAAGAAAUUAAAUAA